AUGGACUACUCUAAUGGUUCUUUCUUUCCUUCAUGGCCUGACAAUUCCGCUUCUGAGAAUUAUAGCUUUGUUGAUGGUUCAGUGGAAUCAUAUGCAGAAGAAGGAAGUAUGCCACCUGCAGGCUAUUUCAGAGCUAGAUCAAAUCAGAAUUUAACAUUUGAUGAGCAUGAACAGAACCCUGCUAUGCUUGCAAAUGGGUGCUUGCCGUACAACACCCAGACUGAUCUAUUAUCUGGUGAGAUUCUGUCAGAGGACAAACCUUCCAACAGCCUUAUGGAGCUUCCACAACUUCAGAACAAUGGCAGUCUGCAAAGUAAUUUAAUCCCAUCAGGGACUCUUCAGUGCACUUCAACACCUGGAACAUUUGACCUGCAGUUGGAUACCCCUGGCCUUCUAGAACUUCCUCAUGCCUUGUCCAGUUCAAUUGAAAGCAAUGGUAGUGAAGUUUCAGCUUUUCUUGCUGAUGUACAUGCUGUUUCUUCAGCCUCAACUCUGUGUUCGACAUUCCAAAAUGUUCCUUCCUACAUGGAACCAGUAAGCCUAGAAGCUUUCAGUUUUCAAGGGAUACAAAAUGCUGCUAUGUUCAACAAUACAAGUCAUUCAAAUGGGAACCUGUCAGUAUUUGAUGAGGCAACCAUGGCAUCACUACAUGAUAGCAAAGAAUUUCUCAGUGGUGGCAUCUCAUCUUUUGGUACGGCCGAGCAGUCUCAACUAGCUGGUAGUGGUUUGAAGGCUGAACAACAGGAACAAAAUGUGAUGUGCAAUAUUCCGCUCCCUUUCGCUUCUGGUAGUCAGAUGGCAGUGAGUGAAGCACAAGGGACACUGAUUCCUUCAAAGAUAAGCUCAACGAUCCAUAACAAUAAAAGUGAGUACCCUGUCCCUAUCAGCCAUUCUGCUGAUGCGCAGAACAAGGCAAAUUCAGCUAAUGGAAAUAGUGCCAGUGCUAAGCCACGAGCAAGGGCUCGUCGUGGACAGGCAACUGACCCUCAUAGUAUUGCUGAACGGCUUCGCAGAGAGAAGAUCUCAGAGAGGAUGAAAAAUCUCCAAGACCUUGUACCAAAUUCAAAUAAGGCAGAUAAAUCAUCAAUGCUUGAUGAAAUAAUUGAUUAUGUGAAAUUUCUUCAGCUUCAGGUGAAGGUCUUAAGCAUGAGUAGGCUAGGAGCUCCCGGGGCAGUUCUUCCCCUCCUUGCAGAAUCUCAAACUGAGGGCCAUAGCAAUUCACCUCUAUCACCUCCAACUGCUUCACAAGGGCUUCUGGACGCAGCAGGCCCAGAAGACAGCUUGGUCUUUGAGCAAGAAGUUAUAAAGCUGAUGGAAACAAGCAUCACAAAUGCAAUGCAGUACCUUCAGAACAAGGGCCUCUGCCUGAUGCCUAUCGCUCUUGCUUCAGCCAUAUCCAACCAGAAAGGCACUUCUGCAGCUGCAGUCCCUCCUGAAAGGUGA